AUGGCCGCGUUCGAGAAGCAGCGGGCUUCAAACCGCAAUGCCCCUCCUCUGCCUCCGCGCACCAGCAGCACCCACCUCUCGCCCCACUCGAGCUCUGAAGCUCCGCCGCCGUACACCCUGGUCGAUGACACCAACCCUUAUCAGUCGCACACGCUAUCCGCCAGCGAUCCGCGAAACCUGUCGACCGACUCUCUUGUGCCCGUCAACUCGAACCACGAGGGCCGCCGCCGGCUCCUGCUCGUCUACAUCCAUGGCUUCAUGGGAACCGAGACGAGCUUUCAGAGCUUUCCGGCACAUGUUCACAACCUGGUGAAUAUCACGCUGGCCGAUACCCACGUCAUACAUACGAAGAUAUACCCACGCUACAGGUCGCGGCGAUCCAUAGACUUUGCUAGAGACGACUUCAGCAAAUGGCUCUCUCCUCACGAGUCACCGGACACAGAUGUGAUACUGCUGGGGCAUUCGAUGGGUGGGCUGCUCUCCGCAGAGGUCGUUCUUGUCCCUCCAUACUCCCCCGCGACCGGCCACGCAUUCAGACAUCGCAUAUUGGGCACCAUUAACUUCGACACCCCUUUCCUUGGCAUGCAUCCGGGUAUCGUGUCCAGCGGGCUGAAGAGUCUUGUCCGAUCCAGCCCUGAUCCGUCGCCGGGUGCCGCUCAGGGUUCGGAUUACAGUACUGCAAAUUCGACACCCGCAAGGGCAGACACGCUUCUGCGGAAACCAACUGAUCCCAACUACAACCCCGUCUUUCCCAACGAUGUCAACCUCCCCGUCAGGAAGGGCUGGAACAGCACGCUGCACUUCUUGCACAAGCAUUCAGAUGACCUUGUGAAGGCUUCAAAACAAUAUGUCAAGUCACACAUCGAGUUUGGCGGGGCAAUGGCAGACUACAAAGGUCUCAAAAGACGUUACGAACGCAUCCGUGCUCUGGAGUAUGAAGACGAGAAUAUGCGAAAGAUGGCAACCCAGGGGGCCAGGGCACCUCCAAGGGUACGAUUCGUCAAUUACUACACAGCCAGCACCGGCAGACCGAAGCGGCCGAAGUCCCCGUCGCCCAAUCGCGAGGGAAGCAAGCCUGUCGAGAUUGAAAUGCAGAACAUGAAUCUCACGCCUUCAACAACGAACAACUCCCAAUCCAAUCACUCUAGUUCCAGGUCUCUAAGCCCAAGGAUAUCAGUCGACGAACACCGCGGCGGUAUCGUAAUCCCUAAGAGACCCUCCAUCCCCUCAUCACCCUCCUCUUCCGGAAGCUCGCUCUACGAAAUGGGCCGCGCCUCCCCUACGCCCAUACCCGACUCGCCCACGCCCUCCCCGCCUCAGCCCUUUGCCACCCCGUCAGCUUCCACCACGUCACUCGCGCCCACUACGACAGCCUCAUCAGCCCUCACAGGAGCAAGUCUGUCGCCGACCCCGUCAGCAGUGCCAUCUCUCCCACCGAUACCGCCAAUGCCCGCCCAACCCACGCCUCCAGACCUCUCCCAAUACCCCGACAAAGACACCCGCAAGAUCGCCGAAAAAGACCACGAGCGCGCCAUGAAGGCCUACAAACGCGCCCUCAAGGACCGCGACAGCGCGAUCAAAGAUCGAGCGAAGCUUGAAGAGAAACGACGAAAGCAGGCUGAGAAGCAGCGCGAAGAAGAAGAGGAGGCUGCAGAAAAAGCGGCCAGAAGCAAGAUCACCAAGCCGAGAGAAAUGACGCACGACGAGCGCGAGAGAGAGCGCCUCGAGACCGAGCGCCUGCGCAUGGAGCGCGAGAGUCGACGAAUGCGCGGCGAGCCCUCUCCUCCCCCAUCUGCGCCGACCGCCGCACCACCGCCACCCCCAAUCUCGACCGCAGCCCCCUCAACCGAAACCUACGCCUCCGACUCAUCCUCCUCAUCCUCCUCCCCAUCCUCCCCCUCCUCCUCCUCCCACCACCGCCGCCCCUCCAUCACCAACCCCUUCCACCGCCGCACCUCCAGCACGACCCCGACCCCCUCAACCAACCCCUCAACCUUCCCCCAACCCGCCGCCCAAACCACAGAAACAAAGAAGAAAAAAGACAAGAAGUUCUGCGUGCUGCCCUCCAAGAACGAGAAGGGCGAGCGCGACCCGACGUGGGUGCGGGUGUAUAUGGAGGGCGUGGACGAGGUCGGCGCGCAUUGCGGACUGUUUUUUAUGGGGGAGACGUAUGAGAUGCUUGUUGGAGAUGUUGCGGGACGGGUGGAGGAGUGGGUUAGGGGGGGUUAG